CUUUCAACGUGCUGUGGACUGCCGACCCGGUUCGCUCGGGCCAUCCAUCCGUUUCCUCGCCCGCCCGUCUUCCCUUCUCUAAUUAGGGCAAGGUUUCGCUUCUUGACCCUCGACCUUCCUGAACUCCAUUGCUCUCUCCACGUCGCCCUUCCAAAUCCCUCUCGAUCGUCCCCCCACCGCAGCACCCCCAACACAAAAGCGCUAGUCUCCUCCGUUCACUUCUCGUCGGGAUCUCCAAAACCCUAGAAUCCCACUCCCUCUCCUCGGCCCCCACCCUCACAUGGUUGAAAAACCCUAGCUUCGAUCUCGCUCUCGGGGUCCUUGGCUUGGUUUCCUGCGGGAGCGGACUCGAUCUUAGGAGUUGGAGGCGUCGGAGAGAGAGCUCUCGAUCCGCGAUGGAGGCCUCCGCAAGCCGCGGUGGGUCGCUUCCUGUGCCCUCCUCCUCGCCCUCUUCUUCGUCACAGCAGCCGAGGAAGGAGUGGCGCGCUGUCUCCCAGCAUUCGUUCCGGAGCAAUGGGUCUGAGGACUCUGAACAUGUUAAAUUGGGGCAGCCGGAAGAGAGAACUAUUUAUGAGGUGCAGGAAGGAAUGGGGCCACUUGAUGUGGAUUUCUCCUCGAUUAUGAUAGAUGGGAGGGGGCUGAAUGAUGAUAUCUUGCAAAGGAAGCUGCAGAAUAUUGCAAGGCAGAGGGAGGAGUUGCAGCAUAUGGAGAUUGAGCUGAGAGCACAGGCAAUUGCGCGUGGUGAAAUCUUGGAGGCACAGAGUGGCUUUGAAGCUCGGAUGAAGGAGCAGGAUGCCGCCGCUGCCAAAUUAAAGGAGCAACUGCAAGAAAGAGAGAAUUACAUACUUGAGUUAGAGAGGAAGUUAGAAGAGAACAAUAGAGAAUUACGUGCUCUAAGGAUUGACACUGAGGCGGCCUGGGCUAAAGAGGACCUUCUGAGGGAACAAAACAAAGAGCUGGCCACAUUCAGAAGGGAGCGUGAUAACUCAGAGGCUGAAAGGGCACAGCUUCUUAAACAAAUUCGUGAUCUUCAAGAACAUAUACAAGAGAAAGAUAAUCAGUUUAUUGCAUUGGAAGAACAGCAUAAGGUUGCACAAGACACUAUCAUUUACAAGGAUGAGCAAUUAAGGGAGGUACAAGCUUGGAUUACUCGUGUUCAAGAAAUGGAUGCUUUGCAAUCAACCACUAACCAGUCAUUACAAGCUGAGCUGCGAGAACGCACUGAACAGUUUAACCAUUAUUGGAUUGGGUUUCAACAACAGUAUGUUGAAAUGGAGCGACAUCAUCUGCAAGUUAUUCAGCAGCUUCAACUAGAGUUAGCUGAGGCAAGAGAACAAAAUGUAACACAUAAAGAUGGUUCAGGAGCUGCUAGUGAGAGUUCAGCUGAUUCUUCUUCAUAUGUCCAGAGCAAGGGAAGCCAAAUUAAUGCGAAUGAUGGUGGUUCUUCAAAUGGUAACUUGGGUUUUGUUACAAGUGAAAGGUCAGAUGACGGUUCGUCCUUAAAUUCAGCUUCUAACCCACCUAGAAAGACUGAGCAUUCCUCGGGUGUGCCGGUUGUUCCAUCUUCAUUGCUUGGAGUCGGCGCCUUUUUCCCUCCUGGACAGAUGGCUGCAAUGCAUCCUUAUGUGAUGCAGCCACAAGGUGUGCCACAAUCUGUAACAUCGACCAACUCACCUGUUCCUCCAUCUCAGCUUGGUCAUUUGCAGCCAGCAUCUGCAACUCCUCAUCAUCAUUGGCCAGAUCAACAGGUGGCAUUUGAUGUCUCACAGGUACCUAACCAGACACAUUAUCAGUCAUCCCAGUCAGAUCAGAAUCUUUUAAGAUCAGAUGCUCAUUCUAGCUAUCAGCACUCUGUUGAAGGACAUGUAGUCCAACCAGACCACCUUAGCGUCCACAUUAGCCAAGAGCAUAGGGCUCGCCAUGCAAUCAGUGGAUCAAGUGAAGUGCAGGCUCUGGAAUUGAAUGGGAAGCAGCAUGCAGUUUCCCUAGAACCACAAGAGACCUUAGAUGUAAAUUCUGAGGGUAAUUCUACCCAAAAGUUUGACGUACGUGAACAGAAGAGCGAGUCAAAGGUACAAGAUGAAAAUGUUUUUGCUGCAAAUAAGCAAUCACAAGAGCCUGCGUUACUACAACAGUGUUCAGCUCCUGGUGUGGUUGCUUCAGCUCCUCAGGUUCAUGGUACCACUUCAAAUGGAGCAGCAGAAUGCCAUAAAAAUGUAGUUAAUUAUGCUGAAAUACCUAGUUCUGUUACUUGGUCCUCUAGUUCAUUGCCUACUGGGAAGGCAGUGGAACCUGCUCUACUGGAUGAACGAUCACUUCUGGCAUGCAUUGUUCGUGCUAUUCCUGCUGGAUCGGAUGGUCGCAUCAGGAUCAGCACAACUCUACCAAAUAGGCUUGGGAAAAUGCUUGCUCCUCUUCACUGGCAUGAUUACAAGAAACACUAUGGAAAGCUGGAUGAUUUUGUGGCGCAUCAUCCUGAGUUAUUUGUCAUUGAGGGGGAUUUUAUUCAUCUUCGCGAAGGAGCACAACAGAUCAUAUCUGCUACUACUGCUGUUGCUAAGGUUGCUGCUGCUGCAGCAUCAGCUUCCCAAUACUCCUCAUUAUUGCCUUCGGUUGCUGUGACUCCUGUUGCUCAAAACAAUCGCCAGAAAAGGGUGCCACAAAUCGAGCCUAGAUCUGUGAAUACUAUGUCUUUUGCAAAUGGUGCUGUUAUAAGUAAUCCUGGAGAUUCAUUUGACAUGCAUUCACAGACUCCAAAAAUGCAUGAUCAACAACAGAAUGGUGUCAAUUUGAAUUCAAAAAUUGUCCAGGGGCUUUCUGAUAUGGCAAUUUCGAACAAACUAAAAGGUCUUCAGGACCCCAAUGGAUUUUUGCCUGAAAUUAGACCUGGUCAGUCAUCUGUACAUGUUGGUACUGGAAAUGGUGGAAAUCUUGAAAGAACAAUCUUGCCUUCGUCACAGAACAAAGGACCAAGUAAUGGGAGACAUGGGUCUGGAGGCAAACAACAAGGAAGGUCAUCUGGAGCUGGCUUGAUUUCCAGAAGAUAGAUCCCACUUCGUCUGCUAAGCAGUCCCGGAUGGAAUUGCUUUGGAAUCAUGAUAUGUUCUUGAGUAGCUCCAAUUGUUUGCUCAUUUAACAAAAGAACAAGUGUGGAGAUGAUAUUCUGGAAAUCACGACCUGCUGAAUUAUUUCUUCAUCUUUUUUUUUUUUUUUUCCCCAAAAGUUCGAGCUCAAUUCUUAAUCUUGUUGUUUGUCUCCUCUGUUCUCUUCCAUUUGUAUUCUGUACUCUCAGAUCCUUAUUUACAACCAAAAAGGCUAAAACUUUUCAAGCUGCUUGCAAAUGUUUGUUUAUUGGUAA